GACUCAAUUUGUCUCUGGUUUACAGAUGCAAAAUUUUAAUUUGCUCUAAACUCUAGUUUGCUCUAAACAUUAUAAAAACAAUUCGUUUCGAUUUAUAUAGAAAAGUAUUAAAUUAUGUAAAAAAAAAAGGACCCAUUUCUUAUUAUAGUUGUAGCCGUAAUAGGCAGUGGGGCUUGAUUCGUCAGUUAAAUAAAAUUAGUGCUGCGGUGGACAUAACGAUUACCUUUAGAUAAAAUGGAGGAGGAGAUAAGACAGUUGAAGUCAUCAUUACGAUCUCUGGUGGUGUCCAGUCCUUCAGAGGUAAAUGUGCGCUCUUUGUUGCGCGACUACCGUGAAAUGAUGGGAGGGCAUGUGCCAUUGAGGAAGUUUGGUUACAAAGAUCCACUCACAUUUCUCAAGGAGAUGUGCAGUGAUUGCUUUCUGUUCACUGGAACACCCUCUAAUCCAACUCUAACACUAAUAGUACCGGACACACUCAAACACAUUGAUAACUUUGUGCAGAAACAGAAGGCGUCUAGCACAACUAAACAUAAAGCAAAGAGACGCAGUGUACCUCAUUCAAAAAUACAACCACCAAAGACAAAUCUUAUAUUUGAAUCAUUUGUAAAUAAGAAAAAAGUAGAAGAGAUGGACAACUUAACAAAGCCUGAGGAGAAGUCUCUAGACAUUAACACCCCAGCUGCCACACUCACAAACGGAUUGCACUGCGAACAUCAUAAAGUUGAGCAAAAAGUAGAAGAAAAAGAAAGGAAAGUUGAAGACAUUAUAGAAAACAAUACAGUCACAAUGGGCUCCAGUACCGCUUUACACAAUUUCUUGAAAAAGCGAAUACCUUUGUUAGAUAGUUUGGACAGUGACAAAUUUAAUAAAGAAAAUGAGUUUUCAAAAGAUGACAUUGAUUCAGGAAGACAAACAUUGUCAAGUAACAACAGCAGCCUGAAGUGUAGUAAGUUUGAGCAUCUCAAAACAGAGAUUCGGAAAAUAAUUGCUGAACAUCCUGAAGGGGUUUUGUGCACGGACCUCAUAAGACUGUAUAGAGAGCGGUAUAAGAAGGAGUUGGAGUUCAGCCGGUGGGGCUACACAUGCAUCGUGAGCGUGGUGUGCGCGCUGGGCGAGGAGGUGGUGCUGACGCGGCUGGAGGACUCCGGCGACUGGCUCGUCCGCGACGCACGCGCCGCCUCCCCGCCCCCCGCCGCGCCGCGCCUGCACCGCCUGCACCGCCUGCACCGCCUGCACCGACACUACCAGCGCGUCGCCGCUGCGCACGCGCCCGCGCACGACACGCCCGCGCCAGAUGUCGACGAUGCCCUGCCCGGCAUUGAAUACGACCCAGACGUGUUCCCGGAAGACUGUAUGAAGUUCACAGACAGCCUGCCGCCGCCGCCACUGUCGGACAUCCGGCCCGGCGUCAUGCUCGAGGUGAUGGUCGGCGAGGUGUACUCGCCCUCGCACUUCUGGCUCAUGCGGCUCGGCGAAGAGUACCACAUCGCGCUCGACGAAAUGAUGGAUGAGAUGACGGAGUACUACUCGCGCGGCGAGGGGCGCUCGCGCGAGCUGGCGCGCGGCGCGGUGCGCGCGGGGCAGUACUGCGCGUGCCGCUACGAGCACGACUGGCACCGCGCGCUCGUCGUGCGCGAGCUCGACGCAGACUGCGUCAAGGUGCGGCUGGUGGACUACGGCACGGUGGAGCAGGUGUCGUGGCGCUCGCUGCGCGCGCUGCCGCGGCGCUGGGCGGCGCUCCCGCAGCAGGCCGUGCGCGCGCGCCUGGCGCAGCUCGCGCCGCACGCCGCGCACUGGCCGCGCGCCGCCUCGCACCACCUGCUGCGCCGCGUGCACCAGCGCCACCUCGUCGCGCACGUCGUGCAGCUCCACGCGCUCCACAACGUGCUCGACGUCUUCCUCAUCGACACCUCCGGCGACGACGACGUCUGUCUCUCCACCGAGAUGAUCCGCCUCGGCCACGCCGAGCCGACGCGCGACUCUUCACUGCCGACGUCGGAGUGGCACCUGUACCCGCGGUUCGACGCGCUGGAGACCGGCGCCACGCCCAACUUCGCUGAAAUCGAGCAGUACCUGCGCGACGGCAUCGCUCUGCAGUUCGUGGAGGACUAUCGCCGUCACGUGCCCGUGGACUUGCCGCCCUCAGCCUCCUCGCCCGGCUGCUCGAGGUCCUCGUCCUCCUCGCCCACAGAAUCCAGCCCGGCCGGUGGUCCCUCACCGGUUCCCUCGCCGCCUCCAUCGCCGCUGACGAGGAUACCUUUGUUGCGGGCGGAGGCAGGAUCCCAAACGAGUUUGUCUCCCUCGUCCGAGUCGUCGUCGUCGCCCCCUCCGUCCCCCUCCCCCGCGCCGGAGCCGCCGCCGGUCGGCGCCGAGGACGUGCGCCUGUCCCUCGUGGAGUGCGAGAUGUACCGCGAGCUGAGCGCGUCGUCCCCGAUGGCGGCGCACUGGUUCAUGAUGGGAGCCGUGACCCGCGCACUGCACGCGUCCUCGCUUUCACUGGCGCCCUCUGCAGUCUCUGCAGCCCCCCCACUCUCUGUACCCUCUGCACCUUCCGCACCCCCCGCGUCAUCUAACCCUCCCAUCCCGUCUGCGCCUCCCACAGGACAUGAACAGCACAACACUCCUGCGACUCAAGAACUUCCUGUUCCAUCCCAGCCGCAUCCAACGCCAGCUCAUCCCGGCUCGUGUAUCUCGCGACCGCCGUACGGGUCACCUAUCCACAACUCGGUAUAUCCACCUUAUGGCCCACCACAUUUUGGCGCACCACAUUAUCCGUCGCACGCAAUGUUUGGCCCGCCCAUGCCACAUCCACUGCACGGACAACAUAUUACAGAUCCACAUCGACAAUUCAACUCCUUUAAUUUUGUAUCGUACCCGCCGCAGCAGGGGCCACCCCUAUCAUUCCACCCCCCGCCCGUUCACCACGGUCGACCUGUUCCCCACGGACCAUACUUCCCCCCCAGGCGGGGUCCCCGGCCCCUACUAAAUGCCCCUCCUGGCAGUUUGCGCCCGCCGCCUGGUUUCGGGGUCCCUGAAUCGUAGGGCACAUGGCAGGGAAUGGUGCUUGUUCCUAAUUAUUAUAGAAAUCUCAAGCAUGCGUGUUAUGACAAAGCUCCGAUUAGUUCGUAAGGUAUAACAAACAAAUUGUUUUUUCUUUAUAAGCAUAAGUGUCUCUGACGAACCUGAAAGUUUGUUUACAUUAAUAGAUUUAAAUAUUGAUUGUAUCCGAAUCUCACGAAGGCUGUUUUGUGACCUCGGCUAAAUUUCAUUGUUACCAACUAUUUUAAUAUGAUUAAUAUUAAAAUCUUACUUUAACGUAAGUUUCACAUAUGAAUAAUACAAUAAUAUAAGUAAUAAUACAUUUUUGGACCAUUGUAAAGUAGCUUUCUGAAACAGUACUUAGGCAUUUGCAACAGAUGAUAUGACGAAUGGCAGAUGUAUUAUUAUAUUAUACCCGAAUCCUCAAAAUUCAUUGAUGUUUUUGUAUUGAAACAGAGUAGCAUGCUUUGGAAAUCAAAUCAACACCAUUGCAGCUUAACUAAAAAAAGUUAUUCAAUAAGGAUGUUUGGACAAAUAAAAAAAUAUAUAAUUACCGCACAUUUGAUACGCUCUACAGGUACAAAACAAACUACAAAAUCUGUAUUUAAAUACCAAUUGAUUCCUGAUUUGUUUAUGAGUAGAAAAAAAAAACUACUUUAUUGCCCUAAGGCCAGUCGAGAAUAACCACAUUCUAAAUAUUCUGAUGACUAUAUAUAAUAUGCAGAUGUGUGAAACCUGUUAGGUAAUGGAUGGAGUAAUCAUCCCUUACAGUGUGAUGGAAAUAUUUUUUCAGAUGGGCGGCUUUUGUUUCACUGGCCGAAGUGACGUAGUUUAAAUCAAUUGUACAGAAAGUACAUUAAAAAUGCCAAUCGAUUUUUUUACAUAACUGCAUUUAAAUUAGAUUAAUUAGUAUAAUAAGCUUUAAUAGUACGCUUUCUAUGUGAAGUAUUAUAUACCUCAUUAUUGUAAUAAGGGUAGUGGAUAUCUCCGCAUAUUCAAAUAUUGUGAUUCUGAUCUAAUCAAACAAAAUGUUUUCUACCAAGAGAAAAAUUUGCUGUCAUAUAGUAGUAAGUAAGUAAGCAGCUAAUCUGGCACUCGUCCGUUUACAUACACUUUAUGACGCUGUGAUAAUACUUUUUUACAAUAUUAUCUAAAAUUAUAGUUUUAUGAGAAAAC